CUGUAGCACAUCAAAUUUCCUUAAAUUAUGAACUCUUUAUAGGGUAAGUUGUAGAUCUCUAUGCCUAUGGGUUCCAUUACUGGAAUAUUGCUGUGACUCUUUGGUGAUGUCAUGUUGGCAGGAGAGUUACUGGCAGAAAUGGCAAGCUGUCACCAGGUUUGCUGAACUCAAGAACAUAUUGUUUGUCUGCAACCUAUUGAUCAGGAAACCAGGAUCAGUGCACAAUUGGAAAACACUUCUCUCAACCAGACAUUCAUGGAAUACAAUCUAUAUUUGUCACAGCAAAGAAAAUCACCAAAAGAGAAUGCUUCACAAGAAGAAGGUAUGGGAUCUACUCACACAGACUGCUACAGAAGAAAAAUGGAAAAUAAUUUUAGGAUGAUGACUAAGGGAGGAAGGUUCCAAGAUGGCACCCACGUACAGGAGGAUGUUGUCACUGAGGAGACCUUUCCCUCUUGGAGGAAGAUGAGUGUCUGUGAUAAAGACAAAAUCGAUGAGUCCAAAAUGGAAUGAGCCUGUAGGAGAAGUGGAUAUUUGGCUAGAAGUGUCAGCAAAGUUUCAGUGACCGUGUGAUCAACCAUGGCUUACAGAAGCAUAUGAUCCUCCUGAGGCUUCAUCAGAAGGUCAGUGGCAGUCCAACAUUAGGUCCCAUGCCUGGGUCAUUCUUGUCACUUCAUCUGAUCAGGUGGGUAUUUCGUUAUCUUACAGAAUCACAAGGAGAAGAAGAGUGAGUACAAUCAGAUAUUUGGGAGAGAUACCACAGUCCUAUAACUCACUAUAAUAUAUUGUUAUAAUUGUUCUAUUUAUUACUGUUGUUAAUUUCUUACUGUGCCUAAAUUCAUAAGUUAAACUUUAUAAUAGGCAUGUGUUUAUAAGAAAACUAUAGUAUAUAUAGGGUUCAGUACUAACCUUGGUUUCAGGCAUCCACUGGUGGUCUUGGAACCCAGUGAAUAAGGCAGGGCUGCAGAAAACAUUUUGAAAUCAGUAAUAAAUUUGAUAUUGUUCAUCAUGACUUUUUGCCCAAGAGAUAUUAUUGAGGUUACAAUUAUUCUGGUUUUUAAAUAAUCUAAUUAAUGGAAAAAAGCCUGAAUAUGUUGAAAAGAAAACUCAAGCUAUUAAUCAAGAAGAGAUGAUUUGUUCCAUGGAAAUUUUCUUCAGUAGUUAUGUGAGGAAGUUUCCAAUUACUGUUUACCCAGAUAUCACCCUGGGAUAAAUGAGAAUUUGAUAGUUAAGAAGCUAUGUUUCUUUAACAUGGCAAAUAGUUGGAUAAAAUAUAAAGUGGAAAAUGUUUUAUUUCAUAUUUGUGAAAUUUUUUAUUCUGGUGGAAAUUCAAAUUUACAGACAAGUUGCAAAAGUGAUACAAAGAACCACCACUAACCCUUUACAGAUCCAGCAGUAGUUUAUAUUGUUCCUAGAAAGAGGUUUUCUAUCCCUCUACAGAUGGACCUUCCUAGCUACCUAACUACCUACCUGUCUAUCAUCAUCUCUUUUUCUGGCCACUGGAGACUAAGUAAGAGACAUCAUGUCCCUUUAUCCUUUAGCUUGAUGUUUAUUUCCUAAGAACAGGGACUUUAUUUUACAUAACACAGCAGGGUUGACAAAACAGAAAAUGUAAUAUGAAUACAAUAUUAUUAUCUAAUUUGUAGUGGAUAAUCAUAUUUUUCCAAUACUCUCAAAUAUGCUAUUAGUAGCUAUGUUUUCUCAGUCCAGCCUCCCACUUAGAUAACGUGUCUCUUUGGUCUCUUUUAGUCUGGACCAGUUCCUCAACCUUUAUUUGUCUUCAUUUAACAGAAUAUUUUUGAAGAGUACAGGACAGCUAUUUUGUCCAGCUUGUCUCAAUUUGAGUUUCUCUCAUGUGUCUUCAUUGCUGGAAUCAGGCUGUGCUGUUUUGGCAGGAAUGUCACUGAGUGACAUGUCCUUCUCAGAGUAUCAUGUCAGUAGGUGCACAAUGUUGGUUUGUCUCAACACUGGUGUUGUUAAUAUUGACUAAUCUUGUUUAUGGCAAUGUCCAUCCACCACAUUUUUCUCUUGUGAAGUUUACUCUUCUUCAUUUUGUAAUUAAUAGGUAAUUAGUGGGGAGGUAUUUUAGAGCAUGUAAAUAUCCUGGUUCUCAUCAUAUUUCAUUCACUAGUUUUUAGCAUAUAUUUACCUUUUUAAACUCUACCAUUCUUUCUAUACAUAUUAUUAGAACCCUACUGACAGGAAUAACUUUUACUUUUCCACUAAUAAUUUAUAUAUAUAAAAUUUACAUUUAUAUGUAUAUAUUUACAUCACUAUGAACUUGUGGAUUUUUACUUAUCUCAGUUCAUUAGUAUAGUUUCUUUUAAUGCCCAACUGUCACAGAGUUGAACAGUGGUAGUCCUUUUAAACUGGCUUCUGUUUCUUUUUCAUGUGUCCCUGUGAUUCUUGGAGCAUUUUCUUACAAUUUUGGGAAGUAUGUGAUUCUUUCCUUAGGUAACAAAAAAUGAAUGAUGAAGGGGAAAAUGAAAGUUAUGAAGGCUACCUUAUUCUACUGGGUUUUUCACAUUGGCCUCAUCUGGAAGUAAUUCUCUUUGUGCUUAUCUUGAUGUUCUACCUGACAACAUUGAUAGGCAACCUCUUUAUCAUUGUCUUGUCAUACCUGGACGCCCAUCUCCACACUCCCAUGUACUUCUUCCUCUCAAACCUCUCUUUUCUGGAUCUCUGCUACACCACCAGCUCCAUCCCUCAGUUGCUGGUCAAUCUCUGGGGCCCAGAAAAGACCAUCUCUUAUGCCGGUUGCAUGACUCAACUUUACUUUGCCCUUGCACUGGGAACCACAGAGUGUGUCCUCCUGGUGGUCAUGUCCUAUGACCGUUAUGCAGCUGUCUGUAGACCCCUGCAUUACACUGUGAUCAUGAACCCUCGUUUCUGCCACCUGUUGGCUGUGGCUUCCUGGGUCAGUGGCUUUACCAACUCAGCACUUCAUUCCUCCUUUACCUUCUGGGUCCCCCUCUGUGGACAUCGCCAAGUGGACCAUUUCUUCUGUGAAGUUCCAACACUGCUGCGAUUAUCGUGUGUUGAUACCCAUGCUAAUGAGCUGACCCUUCUGGCCACAAGCUCCAUUUUUGUUCUGAUACCACUCAUCCUGAUCCUCAGCUCAUAUGGUGCCAUUGCUCGGGCUGUGCUGAGGAUGCAGUCAUCAACCGGACUUCAGAGAGUCUUUGGAACGUGUGGAUCCCAUCUUAUGGUUGUGUCCCUCUUUUUCAUUCCAAUCAUGUGCAUAUAUCUGCAGCCACCAUCAGGAAGUUCUCAGGAUCAUGGCAAGUUCAUUGCCCUCUUUUAUACUGUUGUCACACCUAGCCUCAACCCUCUAAUCUACACUCUCAGAAACAAAGAUGUAAGAGGGGCAGUAAGGAGACUAGUGGGAUGGUAGAGACCACUGCAUUCAUGACCCUCAUAGAACAGCAAGGUGCCUCCUCAACAAGGACUAGUCUGCAUCCAUCUAUCAUCUACUCUCCCGUUUACUCACUCUGUCAGCACCAGUGGAGUGUGUGUCUCUCAGGACCACAGAGCUCUGACUCACAGAUAUGAAUUAAACAGUCUGGCUAAAUACCAAUCACUCUCUCAUGGAAAAAACAGCCAAGUAAAACCAAGAUCAAACAUAUUUUUCAGUGACACAAUAAAUAAAACAAAGGUAUCUCAUUCUUAACUGAAAAUUAAGAAAUGAAAUUCCUAUAUAAAAGUGAUAUACUUUUUUUUUUCUAACCUGGACUAUUGUCUUUUAAUUUCUUGCUUCAAAGGCAGCAUUUGCCAUAAAAUUUGUUUCUAUUUUUGGUUUAACUAAAGACAUACUGAAAUACCUUAAAUAUUUUCUACAGUACUGUUAUUCUUUUUUGAAUUAAUAUAGAGAAGAAUAUUGGUCUGUAUUCUUUAAUACCCUAUAGCAACAGUAAGAAAAUAAGUUUUAUGAAUUAUAGCAAGAAAGUCUCUGAAGUAAUGAAGUCAACAUAAGCAUACUGUGUUUCUUUCUCGAGGCAGUGGGAAGUGUAUAGGAGGUGGAAAUCACUUAAAGAGCUGUGGGAUAUAGCCUGUAAGGUAAGGGUCAUUAUAGGCCAGGGAUCAUCAGGAGAGGUGCUUGGGGCACAUGGUUAGCCUGAGGAGCAAUAAGAAAUAUCUGAGGCAGACAGACUUCUAGGCUCUGGAAAUGACUGCAUGAAUCCAAUGGGUAUUUGAAAGAAUUAUCUGAAAAUAUAGUAGAAAAAUUUUGUGAGAAAAGAUUAUGGAACACUGAGUAACAUAUCUAUAAACAUAUAGAUAAUAUAACAACUCCAAAUAUUGCAAAACUAUGAAGUAAUUGGAGCUAUCACACAUUGUUUAUGGAAUAUAAAAUCAUUCAAUCAUUUUGGAAAAAAAAGCUUAUGGAAAAUGUUUGUUUUCUUUUUAAGCUUGAUCUAAUUUGAAUGUUUGAGAUUAGAAAGUACAUAAUGAAAAUCAACUUACAUAUUUUCCAUACAAAGAAAUGUAUUUUUUAUAAAUGUAGUAGUUUUGUUACCUAUAUUGUUGCCAACCAUCUUCUUAUGAAAUUAGUGUGCUGUGUACAUAACACUAAACUGGCAGCUGUAUUAUUCAGCUAGAGCAGAUGAAGGGCAAUUCACUGUAAAGUAAAAUAUUGAAAUCUGAGUUUUGUAUGGUAAACCAAAUCUUAUUUGUAGUUUUUGAGGCCUUUAGUUUAGAUGUGAUGAUUCAAACCCUAUUUCCUAAAUUAUUAAGAUGAAAAAUACAUCCCCAAACUUUCCCUCCAUUUCCUGUGUGGCUGAAACUACACCGAUUAUGUCGACUUUCUCUUCGCCUUUGUAUAUCUGUGAUACUUCCUUUAUGACCAACUAGGUAUAAAGAACAAUACAGUGUAUAUUCAGUUGUCCUUACCUACUGUCCAAGAAAUGAAGAACCAAGAAUCAUUCAUACAAAUGAACUUUUAGUGAGUAACUGGGACCAUAUAGAGUGAACAAGAAACAUAGCUUGUUUCUUCAAAUCAUCUUGCAUUAUGGAAAUCUUACUAUUUAGGAUGCCUCAUGUAGUACUGUAUUCUCUCACUGUCUAACUUAAAAACAUUUUUUUAAUGUUUAUUUUUGAGGGAGAGAGAGUGAGAGAGAGGGAGUGAGAGAGAGAGAAUGAGCAGGGGAAGGGCAGAGAGAGAGGGAGACACAGAAUCCGAAGCAGUUUCCAGGUUUUAUGCUGUUAUCUCAGAGCGCAACAUAGGGCUGGAACUCGUGAACAGCAAGUUCAUGACCUGAGCCGAAGUUACACACUUAACUGAGUGGGCCACCCCUCUCACUAUCUAACUUAAAAAAAAGUUUAAAUUUCCCAUUCUCCUUUUUUCUUGUUCUGCUUUAGAACAUAUAUUCUUCUACAUGUGUUGGCUUGUUUUCAGAAUGCUAUAUGUGAUGUUGAUUCCUAGCCACAUUAAUGUGAUACUGUAUUUAAUUUAUAAUCUAAAACAAAGAUCAGUUACCAAAAUUAUGCCAACAAUUAGCAUAGACAUUUUGUUUUGUACCUUUCAAACCACUUACAUGAGCCUAAUGCAGUUGGAUCACAGGCAGGGUGAGGGUGGUAGGUAUAAGCUUUUUCUCUCUGUACAUGAAGAAACUACAGGGAAGAAAAUAUAUGACUUGACUAAGCUUAACUUGCAUCUGACAAGUGAAGAAUAAUGACAAUAGGUUUUUAGCCCAGGAGGUGCCUUUUAGGGUCACCACCAUCCAAGAUAGGCUAGAAGCCCUGGGAUCGUCCUAUUGCCAACUCUAAACUUCAAAGUAACUUUUGGAAAAUUGGCAUUUACCCAGCACACAUGGAUUUGGGCCACAGGUAACCUUCCUGAAGAACCAGCGAUGGAUCUGGCCUUCUACCGGCUGCCAUUGGUGGCCAAAUCCACUGACGUGCCAGCUGCUGUUUGGUCCCAGGAAAUCUCUCCCCCUCAGCCAGACAGGUGUCUCCCAGUCUUUUCCUGCUUCAUCUUAUACUUGCUCCUGUGAAGAAUACACCCUGUACACACGCCUAAUUUGUCUCUGUUGUGCCUCAGCAGUACAGGAUUACUGGCACAGGCAUGCCAUCCAGGUCAUCACAGAAACUAGCUCUGGCUUAUAGCAGGUGCAUUCAUUCUCAGUUCUUCUGUUGGCUUCGGGGUCAUGUCUGCUGUAUGUUUGACAAAUAUGGUUAUGUCAUGACAACAUCAAGUGAUUUCAAAAGUAAUACAAAUUCCAAAUUCACAUUCAUCCUGUUCUUAUUAUAAUUUUACAACCACAACAAGAACAACUUACAUAAAAGAUAUAUGUACACUUACCGUAGAACAACUUACAUAAAAGAUAGCAUGUACACUUACCGUAGACCUUCACUGGAUUCCACAAAUGUUAACAAUUUACCCUGGGUGCGUUAUAAUUUUCUGUCUAUAGUAAUGUAAUGUUAAUAUGCACUUUAAAUAUUUCUCUGCAUCAUAUGGAGAAUAAUACACAUACUUACCCCUAAGUGCUCAUGGGAGUAUUUCCUGAAGAAAAGAUCUAACCCAGGAUUACAAGUUGGAUUUAGGUACUACAUCUCUUAUUGUGCUAUAAUCUGGAAACAUUUUUUAGUCUUUCUUUGUCUUUAAUGGGCCUAACAUUUUUGAAGAAUAUAGACCAUUUAGUAUAAUUAUCUUUCAGUUUAAGUUUUAUUUAUGCAUGAUUACAUUCAAUUUAUUCAUUUAUUGGCAUGAAUACCAUAGAAGUGAUAUUGUGAUAUUACUGAUAUUGGUGCCUGCCAGGAUUUAUUUUAAAGUUUUUAUUUAAAUUCCAGUAGGUUAAUAUACAGUGUAAUAUUAGUUUCAGGUGUACAAUACAAUGAGUCAAAACUUCCAUACAAC